AUGCGUCGUCUUACUCCUCGCGCGACUAUGGCGGGCAAGUACGUCAAGAUCUUGAUCAUGCUCUCAGCAGUCAGCAAAGCAUGUUGCGUCAAGUCCAUUAGCAACUUCAGCCCUCGUACGGUGCCUAUCAAUCUUGCAUGGACAGUGGAAUUGAUUGGUUCUGAACUUUCUUCAACGGACAUGCUUGCAGUUUUGACCGACGCCAGCAGUUGCGACCAGAAUUCAACGUUAUACUUCUCUGUUCCUUCUACACGUAUGUACUCAGUAUCUGAGGCUGGGACUUCCGCAACCGUGACUGCUCGAAUUUCAAGCCCAGGGACUUUUUCAGUGUGCUUCUACUUUUCUGACUCGAAGGCUUGGAAAACUAUUGGAACCGUCCUUGUCAGUCCUCCAAAUGUGACAGCGUUGUCUUUGCCCUCGCAAAUGAAUCUUGGGAAUCAAACUGGUUCACAACCUGUAUUGCAAUUUCUGUCACAGCAUGAUUAUUCUUUGCAACUUUCUGGCGUUGGUUUGGUUGUUAACCAGAAUUUGCUUUCGCUGAGCUGGAAACCAGACAAUUGCUCGAACGAUUUAUCUAUGCCAGGAGGGACCAACGUCGGACUUUCAACUGCAAACAAUGAAGGGACGAGCGGAACCUUCACAUUCAGAUUGACAUCGCCCGAUCCGUAUGACAAGCUUGCGCUUUGUUUGAACUAUUCUCGAGGGAACAGGAUUUACGAAGUUUACUCUUAUGGAUUACCAUUUGCAAAUGCAAAGCUGGAGGCUCCGAUCUAUGCGACUUGGACAGCGAGAUUGCAGAACAAUCAAGAAGUAAAUGCCGUGAGUCCCAGCAAUCAAGUGACCUUCAUCGUGCAAGGUACCAACAUCUGGACCAGUCAACUUCAAGCUUCAUGUAGCAUGGCUUUGACGCCGUACGUGAUCUGUAUCAAGAUAGCCACAAGCUGCGAUGGGGCCUUCACUGAUACGUCUGACAUAAGUGGAGGCGACAGUGUUCUCCUUACAGAUCGAGGCGCGAACUCAGGACAAGCUGUUGUGACAUUCUCCACCACAACCAACGACAUUACUGCCAAAGUGUGUGCUCGAAUGGCUGGGACUACUGUUUGGACACAGGUCGGAAACUCAACGUUCUUGAUCCGGGCUCCUUACUUCCAAGCAAUCUCACCGGUUCUGGACUCAUCCGCAGCUUUUUCUGUCACCUUGACAGGGGGUGGAUUCAACGCCAAUACCUUCGUUAAGAUAACCGAUGAUUGCUCGAUAUCACCAACGAGUGAUACUAGCAACAUCAAAGGUGGAGACGGUCGAAGUUGUACUCCGGUUUCGGCUACACAAUGCAUCGUUGACUUCAGUGGAUUGAUUUCCGACAUUGAUACAGUAGGAGAGGUGUGCAUGAGGGACCUUGGGACAAGCUAUAAGAGUGCUUUCAACCAGUCGCUGACGAAAGCGGGGAGCGUUCUCAUCUACAAGUCUGUAGUGAUCAAUGCGACUCUUCCCAGCUCAGCGCGGUCAGGGCAGCAGUUCUCCAUCACUGUCGGUGGUAGCAGGAUGUUUGCCAGCGGUCAAGGAAGCUUCCAAUUCAAGUUUGCGUCGAGCUGCUCCAGCUCGCUGACAGACGUGUAUGGAAGCACUGUGUCACUGACUGUCAGUGCAGAUCGUAGUGUCGGGACAGCAUCUUUCAUCUUGGGAGCCAUGUCCAACAAGACGGUCUACCUGUGCUACAAAAGGACAUACAGCACUGUCUUUUCCCCGCUCAGCAACUAUGCUGUCUUCCUGCAAGAGAUGGUGGUUCAUUCCUUCACGCCAGACCAAGUCAAUUCUAGAACUCCUUUCUCGCUCUCGUUGACUGGUUCAAACCUGAUUGUCUCGGCGCUACAAGUCAAAAUCUCCUUCGAUUGCUCGCUCAACACCGACAGCGAUACCACUCAAGUCAUCCAGGGAGGAGCCGGCAAGACUUCGUCUGACGGCGUUUCCUUUGGGUUUGAGCUCGUGUCAACGAUCCUGGUAUCUCAAGCUCAAGUCUGCUGGAGGCUCGUCGGCUCCUCGUACAAGCAGGCAGGCUCCUCCUCCCUCGCCCUGCAGCCCAUCCAGAUCACUUCCUUCACACUCGCCAACCUCGUCAGCCUCGGCCAAAUGUUGGCCAUCGAGCUCGUCGGUACCACUGGGACAGGAACAACUCCCAUCUACGUCAAGGCAGCGGCAGACUGCUCCUCCAAUGCCGACAACGUCGGGACCAUCCCAGGCUCGGAGGGUCAGGUCGCGACGAUUGAGAACUCGAAGCUUGUGGUGAAGAUGCUGAUGCUGACAGUGCAGCCUGUGACGCUGAUGCUGUGCUGGCGGGUUGCGUCAAGCCCGUACAUGAGGGUCGGUCAGCAGUCGAUCUCUCUCCCUGCGUUCUCCAUCACUCAGAUUCAGACCUCCUACGCCAUCUCCGGGGUUCCCUUCAUCGUCACGUUGGUCGCCCAGCCUGCCGUCGCGUUUCCUGAGCUCUCGUCGAACCUGCCGAUCAAAGUGAAACUCGCGAGAGACUGUCAGACCUACUCGAUGUCAGACGCGAGCGACGUGACGGGAGGGGACGGGAGGGUGCUGGACUCCAUGUCAGCUGGACGAGACCUCGCCCUGUACUCGUUCAACAUUCAAGUCUACGAGACGACAACCCUGCAGGUCUGCUGGACCAUGAAGACAACCUUGUACGGAUACUCGUGGAUCGGCCAGACCUGGUUGCUGACUGUCUACCCGGCCUCAGCUGUCGUCUCAGCUGUCAGCCCUGCUGUCCCUAUGGUGAACCAGCCGGUCACCCUGACGCUGCUGGGAGAUCUCGGCCUGCUCAACUCUGCGAUGAUCCCCGUAAAGGUCAAACUGUCGCGGCAGUGCCGAGGGAAGACGAACUUCAACGGGCUGGUCGACAUAGUGGGAGGAGAGGCAAGAGUGAUCGAAUGUGCGAGUAAGAGCACUGCAUGCGCCAUCCAGCAAACCUGUGGGAGCGACGCAGUCACUGCCUCCAUCUCCUUCGUCCCCAAUGUCGCCGUGUCAGGCUAUCAAGUCUGCAUCGCCAUGCAGUCUCCUGACUUGAUCUCCGGCACCUGGCAGACUGCUUCCUUCCUCUCUGCCGUCCCGUCGAUCUCCCGGCGAAUCUGGUCCCCCGCCAUCUUGAACGCGAGCCUGGAGGACAACAGCUUCCCCGUCCUCGGCGUUCCCUUCACUGUCCUCUUCCUCGGCGUUGGGUUUUCUGACUCCGGCGAUCGGGUCAAAGUCAAGAUGAUCCCGGGCAACCAGCUCUGCGGCUAUCCCUUUGCCCCCGUCGGGCCCAGUUGCCAGUGCACAGGAGGAGGAGUAGCCUUGUCUGCGGGAGCUUGCCAGUGUCUCCCCACCUCCUCCGACUUCUCCCUCAUCCCCAACAGCCUCGUCUCCUACAUCCAUGCAGUGAACGCGUCCUCUGCCAUCCUCUCCAUCACCAGCGCCGUCAGCGGAGAGGUGCGGCUGUGCUCGACGGUGGAGGCCGCCGAUGGGACCAACAGCCCCUACGAGGAGGUGAUGCAUUUCAGCAUCCUUGCGCCGGUGGUGGACUGUGUCUCUCCUCCCAUCGUCUCCUACCAGAGCAGGACGAGGAUGCGGCUGGUGGGGCGAGGGAUCAGCGGAGCUGACCAGCUCAAGCUCGUCUCCUCCUCCCUCUCCUGCUCAGCGGCCUCUGUUCUCUGGUUUUCUCCUCUCCAGCUCUCUCAACUCUUCGACGCUCGGGUGGAUCCGCGCGGGCAGUGGGCCACCUUCACUCUCGUCUCCCCAGCUGAGGGAAGUGCUGGAGGAAAUAGCUUCAUCGUCUGCUACUCCUCCUCCUCCUCCAAGGGAGUCUUCGUAGCUGUCGGAGAGGGGGGGCUGCAGCUUGACCGAGCGAGGGUCAGCAGUGUUUCUCCUUCCUCGGUCUACCUCGGAACAUCCUUCAUGCUCACGGUGAGAGGAAGCGGAAUGAGCGAGAGUCACUCCAUCUACCUCGUCCCCUCGCAAGCUUCAUGCAGCUCCUCCUCCUCCUCGCCAUGGACGCCUGGACCUCUGACUUGUGACCUCUCGACUGGAUCUGAGCGAAACUGCGCAGUGAGCAUGAGCUAUGAUUUGACGUCCGCCGUCGUUCAGCCCAUCAACUACUCCGUCUGCUACUCCACCAGCACCAGCAACUCAACUGCCAGUCUCCUCCUCGCCCUCCUCCCGACUGUCUCUGACGUUGUCCCUUCCAUCGCCUAUGCCGGCAUCAGCAACUCGUUGACGGUGCGAGGGAGGGGUCUCUCCUCCUCCCUCUCUCGCUCCCUCGUCCUCCUCUCUCCCUACAGGAGCUGUGCGGAUGCUGACGUAUACCCCGACGUGACCACCAGCGACCGCGCGACCUUCCAGCCGAGCUCGCAGCAGGAGCAGCAGAUCGUCUUGCUCUCCCUGCUCGCAGGCAUCAGCGGCAUGGCCAAGGUCUGCGUGCGGGUGGGAGGAGCACCCUUCACUGAGGCAGGUCGGGUUGAGAUCCUCCCGCCUGCCACCCAGAACGUGAGCGUGAAGACCCUGGUAGACCUCAGGGACGCCAGCAAGACUUCAGCUGGACUCGGUCUAACGGUCUUGCUGGAGGGGAAGGGGCUGACAGCUCCAGAGCUGUUCCUCAAGAUCGUCCCGGAGGGGAGGAACUGCUCGGGGAGCAUCGACCUCGAGGCAGACGUGGCGAGAGGAGGAGGAGGGCAAGCGGUGACCAACAUGCGGGCUGACUUUCCCGACGGGAUUCUCGAGAGGGGGAGGAUGAAGGUGUGCUUGCUGGGGAAGGGUUGGAGCACCUUCGUGGAGGUAGGAGGAGGUUCGUUCGAGGUCAUCUCCGCAGGAGCAAACAUCUCCGACUUCCAACCCAAGUCGACGGUGACGGGGAGGAGGACGAGGCUCAACGUCAGCAGCAUCGGGAGGGCGAGCAGGUUGGGCAGCUUGCUCUUCCUCGCACAAGACUGCAGGAACCAGCUGACGGCGCAGGGCGACAUCGUCCCGCUCCUCGACAGUGAAGACGCGGCAGGACGAGACGCGUACGCCAUGAUCCUGGGGAGCAGCGUGCAGCAGCUGUCGGUGUGUGUGGUGGCGGAGCAGGGAGGAGACGCCAUCGACCUCGGCAAAAUCUCCUUCCUCUUCGACCCCUCCUUCACUCAGGUCACCCCGACGACCAUCAUGCCGGGCCAGACCGUCGCCUUCCUGCUGCGAGGGGCUGGGCUCUCCUCCUCAAACCUCGUCAAGUUGGCUCAGUCGUGCGGGGACCUGACUUCUUCCUCCAUCUUUCUCGGGGGCGUCUCCUCUCCGCUCGUCAACAUCUCGUCCUCUCUCAACGAGGCUGCCACACUCUCCUUCUCCAUCCUCCCAGCUGCUGCUUCGCUCUCCCCCAUUUCCAUCUGCGUCGCGCCAGCCUCAGGAAGGAGCUACAUCGCCCUCUCGUCCAUUCUCGUCAAGACUGUGCUCCCCUCGAUCGUCCUCCCUCCCGCCGCCAACGGUCUCAUCUCCAUCCCCCGUCACUUUCCGUCCACCUUCCAGCUGGCAGGGACCAACCUGGCAGUCGGGGACGGUCUCGUCCUUUCCAAGUCUCCCUGCUCCUCCGCGUCGUCUCCCUCCUGGCAGGUGUCGAGCAGCAUGCAGGCGGCAAAGGGAGGAGAGCUCAAGGUCGUCACAUCAGCGGAUCUUCUUCCUCCUGCUCCUCCUUGCUCUCAGUCAAGGUACAAGCUCGUCUUCCAGGUCGAGGAAGUCGCCUCCUCCCUCCGCGCCUGCUACGUCCCGCUCGGCUUCUCCUCCUCCAUCGAGCUCCCCACCAGGGUCGCCGUCACCUACCCGACGCUAUCGCUCAUCCAUCCGCUCUUCACGUUCGCGGGGAGGGCGCAGAAGUACACGUUGCAGGGGAGCGGAGGAUACCAGGCGGGAGACCUUCUCCUCCUUGUCCCUUCCUAUACAGCAGACGGUCUGACUGUGGUCUCCUGCUCCUCCGUCACUGCUGCCGUCCUGUCGGACGCGAGGACGUUGCGGUACGAGGUGAAGGAGGAGGACGUUGUCGGGACCUCCUUCUCUGCUACCUUUCGGCAUGAGGAGGAGAGGAUUUCUCUGCGCGCCUGCUACCUUCCCAGUGGCUCCUCGAGCUUGCAGGAGGUCUACAACAAGAGCAUGUACGCGCGAGAAAACACCAGCAUCGUCAUCCAGGGAGAAGGACUUUCUACCAGCGACAGGCUCAAGAUCGUUCGUUCCGACCAAGACUGCAGCUCGCUGCUGGUGGUGGACGGGGGAGAGGAGAGGAGUCCCUGGUGGGUGAGCGAGGCGAGCAGCGAAGCACAGUUAUAUUUCGAGCUCGCCGUCACAGCGGUGGGGAUGGUGAAGCUGUGCUACAAGGAUCGGUUCUCCUGCAAGUAUCAGGGGCAAGACUUCAUCCUCCUCCUCGCUCCUCGCGUCCUCUCGGCCUCUCCCGUGCACACCUACAUCAUCUUCAAUCGACUCAGCCAGGUUCUCCUGCAGGGACGGGGGCUGCACGUCACGGACAAGGUCAGAGUGGUCGAUGCCAACUCCUCCUGCUCCUCCUCCCCGCCCUUCGCCUUCGGGGAGAGCGGAUCGUUCACCAAGGACGAGAGCAGCAGCGGCUUCAUCCUGAGCAUCAAGCUCGAAGGGUCCAACACUACUGGGCUCAUCUGCCAUCGCUACUGCAUGGACGUCGGCUGCUCGUACUACAGCCCCUACGUCAGCAGCUCCGUCCUGAUCCUCCUGACCUUCCCGCAGAUCUUCGAGAUUGUCCCCAAGAAGUUUCAGAUCAAAUCAGCCAUCGUCUUCACCCUCUCAGGAUGGAGUUUCACGAGCUUUGACCGCGUCAAGGUCUUCCAUCCUCCUCCUCCUUCUCCUCCUCCUCCUCCUCCUCCUCAUGGCAACUGA